AAUCUAAUCACCCAUUGGUGACGCGCCGUGCAGCUACAUACUUUUUGCUUCUUCUUCUCUCCCCAGAUUAUAGGAACAUAAACUGACAAUAAAUGAACGCACAGAGGAACAGACAUCGCUAAACACAUGAAGUGUAUUCAGGCUGGCACGAAGUAAGAGUGAACCGACUAUCCACAAAGAAGCAGAUUGUAAAUUGAUUUAUUCAAUUGUUAUUUAUUUAAUAAUGCUUCACAGUCGUUAUUUAUUAGGUGAGAUAACAGUGUGGAUAACAGGCCCGUGCUGUUGGUAGCUCUAAGAUGAUUGUUGACAUGAGACCCCACACCCACUCGCGACGGGAUUUGCUUUUAGAAGUAAAUUUGUAUCUAAUAGAAAAUGUUUUAUUGAAGCAAUUACCCAAAAUUCCGGACAACUGUUGCGAAAAAUGGGCCUACUGUGCAGGGGAUUCUUGAAAUGCAUUUUCAAUUAAACUGACUUCUUAAAAUAAUACCCUCACGUCUCCCAGUUACUUUUUCAAUGCUCGUUCAAAAAAAGCAGUUUAAUUUAAAAUUUAGAAAGAAGAAGAAGAAAGGGAAAAAAAAAUUGUAGAGAGUUAAAGCACACACGCCUUCAUAUUAGAUGAAAUAGAGGUAGAUUUCUGUGAGCGAUGCAGUCUUUGUUCCUUGUGAGACGGGUCCAAGUCCUUCCUUUUGGUGCUGUUCAAUUGUCGCUAAUUGUACUGUAUGAGACCAAUAACAGGGGAGCGCGCACAGCCUGCAGCCACAGGGCGCACGGAGUGGGGAGAGGAGGGGUGGAUGGUCUCUCCCUCUUUUUUUUCCUCCCUCCCCUCGCCGUCUCUCCCUUAAUCCCAUUUGCCAUUGUACAUGCCCAAUCGCCUAUACUUUCCGCAUUUAACUUGGAUGACAUUUUUAUUUCAUCAUUAGCAUCAGACACCGACUGACUGACACGCUGGGACACGAAGAGUUUUUUCUUCUUCUUCUUCUUCUUCUUCCUCUUCUUCUCCCCCCCGCGCUUUAGACGGAAACACUCCGGGAUGAGACAUCCCCAUGAUUGUCUUUUUGUGACACGUAUCAGCGCUUUAUUUUAUUAUUUCACCCGCAGAGAAGGAAGUGUGUUUUGACGACGCUCUCCGGGUGUGAAGUCGAGUAAGAAAAACAGGAACUCAAAGUAUCUGGGAUAUCCACAGCCUACCGCAGCUGCAGCGAUGCCAGAGACGACACAAGAGACGUGCGCUCCGGCCAAGGAUUCCCCUUUCUUCAUCAAGAACCUGCUGAACUGUGACAGCAAGCCGUCUAAACCCAAACCGCCGCUCGUCGCCUCCGCUAAGGCGGCCUUAGAGGGAGGAUUUUCCCUCUCCCAGGUCGGGGAAUUCAACUUUCCACGCUUUGACGUGCCGGCGCAGCGGUUCACUCUGCCGGCGCACUACCUGGAGCGCACCUCUGCGUGGUGGUACCCCUACACCCUCGGCUCGGCGGCUCAUCUGCACAGAACUGAAGCAAUCGAGAAACCAGGAGCCAGAGAUUCCUCCCCGACCUCUGGCACGGACAGAGACUCCCCGGACCUUGUGCUCAAAUCCGAGCCGGACGCGAAAGACGACGACGACGAGGACGAGGACGAGCACAGCAACAACAAAAGCAGCGACGAGAUCAUCCUGGAGGAGAGCGACACGGAGGAGGCCAAGAAGGACGAGCUGGAGGAGUGGAAGAAGCGCGACGAGGACAAGAAGCCGUGCCGCAAGAAGAAGACGCGCACGGUGUUCUCCCGGAGCCAGGUGUUCCAGCUGGAGUCCACCUUCGACAUGAAGCGCUACCUGAGCAGCUCGGAGCGCGCCGGUCUGGCCGCCUCGCUGCACCUGACGGAGACCCAGGUGAAGAUCUGGUUUCAGAACCGGCGGAACAAGUGGAAGCGGCAGCUGGCCGCCGAGCUGGAGGCCGCCAACCUGAGCCACGCCGCGGCGCAGAGGAUAGUCCGGGUGCCUAUCCUCUACCACGAGAACUCUGCCUCGGAGGGCGCGGGGGGCGCGGCGGCCAGCGUGCCCGUCAGCCAGCCGCUGCUCACCUUCCCGCACCCGGGAGUCUACUAUUCUCAUCCCAUCGUCACGUCUGUGCCGCUGCUCAGACCGGUUUGAAAACCGCCGAAAAGAGUUUUGAUGUUUCAUCUUGUCACAAAAUGAUAAUAAUAAUAAAAAAGAAAGACAAUAUUUUUUUAUACAAAGUCAGACACUGCGAAAAAAAAAAAAAAAAAAAACUAAGAAGAGACUGUCACUGUCAGGCAAACAUGGACUUAUUUUGUCAGACAGGUAAUUGUGUCAUUUCCCAUAAGGGUACCGAUUAUUAUUAUUAUUAUUAUUAUUAUUAUUAUUAUUAUUAUUAUUAUUAUUAUUAUUAUUAUUAUUAUUAUUAUUAUUAUUAUUAUUAUUAUCUCAGGAGUUUGCCCACUGUAUGAGUGUGUUUUUUUUUUAUUAUUAUUUUCCUUGUCUUAAAACCUGAUUGUUGCUGGACAGGUCAGAUCUGUGCGAUGCACACAAAAAAGAAGGGGGGCAAAGGGGGGAAACUUGUUUACAUAAAAGUGGCGACCUACUUCUCACCUAACACCCUCAUUUGAAUUUUAUUUCCUUUUCAAGAGCUGGUGACACUGCUGUCAGAUGAGUCAAUUCACUAAACGUGAAACAGUUGUUUUUAUCUUUUUUUUGUUUUUCUUUUUUUUAAGCGGUUGAAGGGGGACAAUCAAGACACUCUAGCUGUAAAAAAUAUCCACGUAGCUUUCUGUUUUUAGUGAUUCUUUUAAACGCUCCUUCCACACAGACAGUUCUCUUAAGCACAAGUCUCCAAUGACAAUUUGUGUUUUUGAAACGGAGGGAUUAAAAAUAAUGAGACAACAA